CUCAGUAUUUCCCAAUCCGAAAAAUUAGGGUUUCAUUUUUCAGACUUCACUUGAACUCACUUGUGAUCCGCGGCAAAAUUCUGUUUCCUCCUUUUUCUGUUACUGUUUUGUAGUGCACUAGGAGCUUAACAAUGGCGGCGGAGCCCAAGGCAGCGACUGAGGACGCGAAGAUCGAUUUGUUCGAGGACGACGAUGAGUUUGAAGAGUUCGAAAUCAAUGAAGAGUGGGAGGAACAGGAGGAAGGGAAAGAUGUGACGCAGCAGUGGGAAGAUGAUUGGGAUGAUGAUGAUGUUAAUGAUGACUUCUCUCUUCAGCUGAGGAGGGAACUGGAGGACAAUACUGAGAAGAACUAGGCUAGAAUUUUAGACUCAUCGUUUUCACUUGAUUGUAUUCUCAAAAGCUCCAUAUGAAAUUCAAUUGGACAUGGAAGCAAAUGGCCAUUUGCAGUAUAUUUCUGUAUGAAAUCUUUUUUUUGCUUGAUAUAAAUUGGGGAUUUUCCUCAAGGUUCAACUUAAUUUGGGCAAGCGGAAGAGCUUGUAGAAACCGUGCAUAAAAAUAUGCCUUUUGAACAGAGCUAGUGAAAUAGGCAUAAUGUUAGUCUGGUGGUGCAGAGGCUUACCACAAUUAA